AUGUCGAAAGGCAAAGGUUUCUCUCAGGUGGUCGAUCCCCCUUCCGGCACGAGUUGUAGAAUAUGCCAAUCUCCGGACAACAGCCGUAUGGUGUGCUGUGAUGAAUGCAGUCAAUGGCACCAUUUCAAGUGCGUGGGCGUCGACGAGAAAAUAGCGUAUGUUGACUGGAGCUGUACGAAAUGCAUUGAAGCAAAGGCAGCUCAGGGCGCAUUCGGAUUCUCUACGCCUCUAGCACCAGGAUCAACGGAUCAGCAGGAGUCACUAGUCAGCCAGGCACGUCUAGCGGAGAUCAAUGACUUACGGGGGAAGCUAAAUCAGCUACAGCGAAGAUUCGAUGAGCAGCAAAACUCCUACGAGCAGCGUAUACGAGAGAAGGAAUUGGAAGUAGAAAGGUCUUUAUUAAGACAGCAACAUGAGUUCGACCAACGUUUACAAGCCCUGGAAACGCGUCGAAUCACACCAAAUGCCAACUCUACAGUAAUCCCACAUGUGAACAAUGUGCCGGCGCCAACCAUCCCGAAUAUUACGGAGCAAAUUGAGCAACAGCUAACAGUAUUGGCGGAGAAGCAGGCGCUUGAGAGGAAGCAUCUCGAGGAACGUCUACAACUGCACUUCGGUGUGAGAAAUUCUGUACCAGGUCCCGGUAGUCAGACAGCGUCGCAGAACGGAAAUGUACCUGAAUAUAUUCCAUCGACCUAUAACGCAGCAUUUCCUUCGUUCGACGAACCGUUUGAGCUGAGCCGAAGUCAGCUUGCUGCCCGCCAAGCGAUUGCUAAAGAUUUACCGUUUUUCACAGGGGACCCGGAAGAAUGGCCCCUGUUUAUUGCAAGCUACGAGAACUCUACAAGAAUGUGUGGCUUUAGCGAGGAAGAGAAUUUGCUUCGAUUGCAACGCAGCCUAAAGGGGAAGGCAUUGGAGGCUGUUCGUAGCCGGCUUCUAUAUCCAUCUGGAUUGGGAGGUGUCAUAAAUACAUUGCGUACGUUAUUUGGCCGUCCGGAAAUUAUAGUGCACUCCUUGAUAUGUCGCAUCCGGGAUAUGCCCCCUCCAAAAGCCGAAAAACUCAACACGCUUAUUGACUUCGGUGUUGCUGUUCAGAACAUGUGCGCUACAAUAAAGGCGUGUGGGUUACAAGAGCAUCUGUGUAACGUAGCCCUUCUGCAAGAGUUGGUUGAAAGGUUACCGCCCACUGUUAAGCUCACUUGGGCGAUGCAUCGGCAGCAGAUGAGUGCUGCGACACUCUCAGACUUCAGCGACUGGCUUGGAACGUUAGUAGAAGCAGCGUGCAUCGUAACCAUACCACCUACUGUCCCUACUUAUGGAAUGAAGACGGAAAAACGUAUUUGCAGAGAGGAUGUGCACGUGCAUGUCGAUGGCGAUAGCGUACCAACAUCAUCUAACACGAUGGUCUCUGAACCAGCCAUCAAGGAAUGCGUCGUUUGUCGUGGAGUAUGUAGCAGUCCUGCCACUUGCAAGAAAUUUCUGGCUCUUACGACGGACGAUCGAUGGAUGAUAUUGAAGCAACAAAAGCUUUGUCGAAAAUGUUUAAAAAAGCAUUUCGGAACGUGUGAGGUGAAAAAAUCGUGUGGCAGAAACGGGUGCUCCUAUAUGCACAACGAAUUACUGCAUGACGAUACCAGAUAUCAACCUAAGAUAGCGCAGACACAAUAUUCCGAGAGACAGGCAACUAUUACUCAGAAUACACAUAUUGGUAGCGUUGGAAGAGUCUUAUUCCGUUAUGUUCCUGUAAUUAUUCACGGUCGUGGCACGUCGGUGAGAACGUAUGCCUUCUUGGAUGACGGGUCCUCAGCAACGUUGAUGGAGCAUAGCCUCUUGAAAGAGCUACGUAUGGAGGGUGAACCACAAUCUUUAUGUCUCAACUGGACAUCGAACCAGCAUCGCGAGGAGAAGGAUUCAGUGAAACUUUCGUUGGAAAUCUCAGGAAUCAAUAGCGAGAGCAAAACAUAUCUACUACCUAAAGUACAUACUGUUGGCCAUCUCGCAUUACCACGUCAAUCUGUGUCGUUUGAUGACAUGGCUCGUAGGUAUAGUCAUUUGCAAGGGCUGAGGAUUGAGUCAUAUAGCAACGUUUCUCCCAGGAUCCUGAUAGGGAUUGAUAAUUGCCGCUUGGGCCAUGCCAUUGAUAGUCACGAAGGAGAUGUAGACGAACCCACUGCGACUAAAACACGUCUUGGUUGGCUUGUGUAUGGGCCAUGCUCAUUUACACCUAGUUUGUCGGCACCGGAAAAUGCGGCACACCAUAGCUUCCACAUAUGUCCAUGUAGUAAAGAAGUGGACGCGAAUCUACAAAUGUCCCUCAAGGAAUACUUUUCGCUUGACAGUAUGGGUGUGGCAGAUGCGACUAAGCUAAUGCUAUCUAAGGAUGGAGAAAGAGCUAACAAAUUGCUGACAUCACUCACUCAGGUAAAAGGCGACAGAUACGAGACAGGGCUUUUAUGGAAAUACGACAACGUGAAACUACCGGAGAGCAGAACGAUGGCGCUCAAGCGACUGGUUUGUCUAGAGAAACGAAUGCAGAAAGACCCAAAUCUACUUGAAUCAUUGAAGAGGCACAUCCACGAAUAUGAGCAAAAGGGCUAUAUCAGGCGGCUUACUCCUGUGGAAGCUGCAGCAAAGCCUCAACGAUGCUGGUACCUACCGAUAUUUCCUGUUCAGAAUCCAAACAAGCCACACAAACUCCGGAUAGUUUGGGACGCGGCUGCCUCCGUCGCUGGGAUAUCACUGAGCUCUCUUCUUUUGACCGGUCCAGACCAGUUAGCCUCCUUACUGUCAGUCCUGCAUAAGUUCCGAGAAUUCCGUGUUGCCAUAACAGGGGACAUCAGAGAAAUGUUCCAUCAAGUGAUGGUCAACGAAACAGACCAACAAUGUCAAAGGUUUCUUUGGCGCGACGGUGAUUCAAGCCGCCAUCCCGACGUAUUUAUCAUGAAAGUAAUGACCUUUGGCGCUACUUGUUCGCCCAGUUGUGCUCAAUUUGUGAAAAACCACAACGCACAACAGUUUGAAAAUCAGUUCCCCAGAGCGGUCGAAGCCAUUGUUGACGAGCACUACGUGGACGACAUGCUGUCCAGUGUUGAAUCAGAGGAGGAAGCAAUCAAACUAGCUAAGGACGUACACUUCAUCCACGCUCAGGCUGGGUUUGAGAUUCGACACUGGCUGUCGAACUCACAGCACGUAAUCGAAGCACUGAAUGCAGGACUAGACACGGAGAAGAGUUUGAAUAUCGGCAACGAACCAGCGACGGAGAAAAUCUUAGGCAUGUGGUGGUGCACAACUACGGAUUCGUUUACGUUCAAGGUAUCUCCGAGGAUUGACAGAGCACUACUCUCGGGAAAGGCAAUUCCAACGAAAAGGCAGGAAAUAUGGCGUUCAGGUAUAGCCUGGGACGAACCCAUAAGAGAGGAGCAAUGGAAGAAGUGGCAGACGUGGCUUGACGCGUUACCGCUGGUCGAGCGUGUCAAUGUUCCAAGAUGCUACCGAACGAUUACAUCAGCCAGCGACACGACGGUAAUUCAACUCCAUGUAUUCGUCGAUGCAUCGGAAAACGGUUUCGCUGCUGUUGCAUAUUUCAGAUUCAAAGAAGGUGAUCGCGUUGAAUGUGCCCUGAUCGGAUCGAAAACUCGUGUGGCCCCAUUACGUUUCGUCUCAAUACCGAAGCUCGAAUUGCAGGCUGCAGUGCUAGGUGCUCGUCUGGCUAACAGUAUCGUUGAGUCGCAUAAGCUAAAACCGUCCCAGAGAUUUUUCUGGACAGACUCACGGGAUGUGAUUUGCUGGCUCAAUUCUGACCAUCGUCGGUAUAGUCAGUUCGUGGCGUUCAGGGUCAGUGAAUUGCUGGACUCAACGGAUGUCUCGGAAUGGAACUGGAUAUCGACUAAUCAAAAUGUCGCCGACGAGGCCACGAAAUGGCGGAAGGUGCCAAGCCUUGAGCCGUCCAGCCGUUGGUUUCAUGCUCCAGAUUUUCUGUGGAAAUUGACACAAGAGUUUCCAUUGUCGAACCAAAACUUCGGCACGACAUCGGAAGAACUUCGUGCGCACUCGCUUCAUCAUCUCACUCGAGAACCGUCGAUUAAGUUUGAAGACUUUUCGAGCUGGAUUCGUUUGGUACGGCGCAUAGCAUUCAUCUGUCGCUUUCCGCGAAACAUCCGUUCCAGGUUACUAAAACAAGCACCGGUGUGUGGUCCGUUGACUAAGGAUGAAUUUAUAGCUGCUGAGAUUGUGAUCUAUAAACUCGUCCAAUCUACGAGUUUCGCCGAGGAACUACAGAUAUUAGGAGGAGCUAAAACGCAAAGCGGAAAAACACGACGUACACUACCAAAAGGUAGCUCACUGUAUAAACUCAAUCCAGCUCUCGAUACGAAUGGUAUUCUUCGGAUGCUCGGUCGCAUAGACGCGUGCGAAUAUGUAGACGAAACAACAAAGCACCCAAUCUUGCUCCCAAAAAAGCAUCACGUUACCGAUCUUCUAAUUGCAAAUAUCCACGAACGCUAUCUGCACCAAAAUCACCAAACUACUCUGAACGAGGUUCGCACUAAAUAUUACGUGCCAAGUCUUCGAUCCGUAUAUCGCCGAGUCCGUCGUAGCUGCCAGCACUGUAAAAUAAAAGAUGCUCUGCCUCAGCCUCCAAUAAUGGGCAACCUUCCGCCCAUGCGUCUUAAGGCCUUCUCUCGGCCUUUCUCGUAUAUCGGAAUAGAUUAUUUCGGGCCUAUGCAAGUCGUCCUUGGCCGUAGGGUCGAAAAACGUUGGGGGGUUCUGAUAACCUGCAUGACCACGCGAGCCAUACAUUUGGAGUUAGCUCACUCGCUUACGACAGAUUCAUGCAUUCUUGCACUGCGAAAUUUCAUCGCCAGGAGAGGUAUGCCAAUUGAAAUUAUAAGCGACCGGGGAACAAAUUUCAUUGGCGCGAGUCGGGUUCUGAAAGAAGCCUUGAAAAAUAUCGACCAAGAGAAACUGAUGAAGCAUUUCGUUAGCGUAGAUACGAAGUGGUCGUUUAAUCCACCUGCAUCGCCGCAUUUCGGAGGCUGUUGGGAGAGACUGAUUCAGUCAGUUAAAAAGGCUCUGGAUGAAAUUAAGCAGAAGCGCCUGCCAACCGACGAACUGCUUCGAAAUAUGCUCGCUGAAAUUGAAAUGAUAAUCAACUCUAGACCGCUUACAGAGUUGCCGCUGGAAGAGGAAAUAUCAGAACCGCUGACACCUAACCACUUACUAUUAGGCUCAUCUAACGGCUCAAAGCCACCGAUCACGUUUGACGAUAGCGGUGCCGCACUAAACCGAACGUGGAAGAUGUCACAAGUCUAUGCCAAUGAAUUUUGGAAACGUUGGGUUGCAGAAUACCUUCCGACGCUUACUCGAAGAGCCAAAUGGUUUCAACCAGUAAAACCAAUAGCUGUGGGGGACAUCGUAGUGAUCGUUGAUAACGAUUUCCCCAGGAACUGCUGGCCGAAAGGGCGCGUCAUUGAUGUCAGCAUGUCCAAGGAUGGACAAGUUCGUCGAGCUACCGUGCAGACUUCGACUGGGGUAUUCGAGAGACCUGCGGUCAAACUCGCUGUACUAGAUGUCGGUUCAAUCAAUAGCACGUCGGAUUAA